UACUUGUCUGCCUAGACUAUAAUUUCCUCAGCCCAUCGCUGCUUUGCUUCAGCUGUCAGUCUCUCUGUCUGUCAGAUCAUGGAUGCUUGGUAGAUCUUGGCACUACUUGUUCUCAUCCCUUCUUCAACCACUGCUCAACAGAGUGCAUCUCUCCUAAGAGCAUCCGCGAUAGAUCCCCUGAAGCCGACUCUCCCCACAUCACCAUCGCCUGAUUGCCACACCAUAUUCCUCAAUCAGUCUUAUCAGCUGCCUAUCCUCAGUCAGAUCGCACGCGUUCGCAAUUGGCGGAUUCACAGCAAUGACAUUCCUGCUUUGGCUUGUCACGAGUCUCGUGCGCUGGGUGCGACUGAAGAUUUAUCAGUAUGAGGUGACUUUCGCCGUGUAUAUGCUCACUCCCACCGAAAAGUUCAUCUUUAACUCUCUCCUCCUCACCCUCCUCACCAUGAUUAUCACCGGCAUUUACGUCUAUUUGCCCGAUCAUAUCCGAGCCAUCUACAGCCACUUAUACUAUUACUGGGUCGGCGAACGUCCAUUCAUCUCCGGGAACCUUCCGACCAUCAAUUCUGUAUUCCGCGAAGUCGGCACUCAGACUCUGGAUGUCCUCUAUGAGACAGCCAAAAACCAAGCUGCCACGGUCACCGAUUCGAUUGCCGAACUCUGACCUCCUUCGUUGCCUUGGUCUGCGCACUGAUGUGCUUUCUAUCUCCCCACCUCUUCUCGGAUUUCGGCUUCCGGAAGUUCGGAAACAACGAUGCACUUUGUUUGCUGAGGUGCAUUUUCAGCUGUGAUACCGUGGGGGCCAAUUACCAUUCUUUCUGCUACCACCAUUCCCAUUAAUACCGCUUCUUAAUUCACCCCCACAUCUUUUCGCCCUCGAGCAUGAAUUGCAUCAGCAUUGCACGAUAAAAGCGCAGCUUCUUCUACCUCUUGGUUCAUGAUACCGUUGCAACGUUGUUUCAUGGCGUUUGAGCGAUACAAUCUUCCCUGGGCCGGCGCAUUCUAGGCGUUCAUCAUCGUUAGAUCCUCUUCCUUGUGAUCUUUUCCUAGAGCUCUCCACCUCGACUCGUCUUCCUGUCCAUACUGUAUCG